CAUUUGAUUGGUCGUCUUAGGGAAGUUGACCAUCAAGCUCGUUACAGCGAAAAUUACAGUGAAAAUGGCAGGCAGAUUCCGAUUAGAUUCGGUAGUUUUGGCAAUAGUCACAGUUCACCCGCACGAGAUUCCGGCGUUGCUCCACUCCUCUUCCUGCUUCUUCUUCAUUUUGAGCGCAUAUUUCGUUGUUCUUCCACUCCGCGAUGAGGGGGCAAUAUCGCUUGGGUUAUCAAAGCUCCCAGGCCUGUUCGUAGGAUCCCUGCUUCUCACUUUGAUUGCGGCUCCUGCUUCCACCUUCAUCUUCUCUCUGCCCAAUUUGUCCAAAUCCAAGGCUUUGGUUAUAAUACAUAGAUUCUUCAGUCUAUCACUUGUUCUGUGUUUCCUUCUCUGGCGUGCCUCCCCAACAGAGUCUAUGCCAUCUAAUUCAAAGGAUGCAGUUGAGUCGGCAUCCGAUCUAACAAAAGACCCAAAAGUUGGUAUCGAUGGAGCUAAUCCCGCUUCUGGAUGGGACAACCAUGGCUGGUUUUACAUUUUCGUUCGAGUUGGAUUUUUUCUUUGGGUUGCGUUGCUUAAUCUCGUCGCUAUUUCUUCGACAUGGGCUAGAAUAAUAGACGUUAUGGAUAGUGAGUCAGGUGCAAGAUUGUUUGGUUUUAUUGGUGCUGGUGCUACCCUUGGUCAGCUUUUUGGAUCGGUGUUUGCUGCUGCAACUGCUUGGAUGGGUCCAUAUCUACUUCUAUUUUCUGCCCUUUUGAUGGAAUUUGCUGCCCAGUCUUCAAAAGGGAUCACCAAGGAUAUUUCACAGUCCUCUGAGGAGUUGUCUCCUCUAAGGAGAACUGAUAAUGAUCAUCAGGAAGCUUCUUCUCCAAAAGUUGCUUCUCCAAAAUCGCCUCUCUCCACAACCAAGCCUCAGCUUUGGGCCAUCUUAGACGGAAUGAGGCUUAUACUAGCAUCGCCUUAUCUUUUGCUUGUGUCUUUGUUCCUUUGGCUCGGUGCCGUCAUCUCAUCAUUCUUCUAUUUCCAAAAAGUGAAUAUAAUUGCCAUGACAAUCAAAACAUCCAUUGGUCGAAGAAAACUUUUUGCUCAGAUAAACAGCUUUGUUGCAGUUUUCAUACUCAUUGGACAACUGACUCUAACGGGCCGGAUCUUGACUUUAGCGGGUGUCACGGUUGCAAUAUCUGCAUCUCCGUUUGUUGCACUUGGGAAUUUGGUUGCUAUUGCCAUAUGGCCAACUUGGGUUACAGUUGCUGUGUCUGAAACCCUGAGAAAGACCUGGAAGGGAACUUCUGUUCACUGUUGUCUCGCAAGACGAGAAAUACAAAGCUAAGGUAUGCAUAGAUGUGAUUGUUCAACGGCUUGGAGAUGCUGCAGCGGCAGGAUUAUUCGAAAUCCUCACCAUUGCUCUUGGCGGUCAAACAUCAACUGCUUCACUCUAUGCCUUGCCAGUAUAAUAUAGCAUCCAACUUUCAAGACAACUUCUUCUUGUAUAAGUAUAUGGUAAACUAUUCUCCAUGAAGUCAUUGACAAAUCUCCGUUUGUUUCUACAGGUGUGUCUAAUAUGGAUAGCCACAGCCUUCUUCUUGGGCCGGCGCCAAGAACAACUGGCGAAACUCCAGUUGGGUUCAUCUUCGUAGGAACGAAACCUUAUAAAGAGUCACAUUGAUAGAAAGCAGAAACCAAGUUUCUUGUGAGUUAUGUUUGUUUUUUCUCUCUGUUUUGGGUAAAAAAGAGGAAAAACUGUUUUUGGACACCAAAAUCUGAAAAAUUAACGUCAAAUUAAACUGACGUUAAUUAUGGACACAGAAUCUAGAAAUUAAAGUGUAUAUUAAAGAAAA